GGGCAUCAUUUCCAUUCCCAUUUCCUGCAUUUCUGCCAUGAGCACGCGCACAUGCCCCGCGGCACUGGAGCUGAUGCGGAGAGCAGUGGAUGAACGUUCCAAAGGUGAACGAGCUUCAUUUGAUUUGCUUCAAGUUCGCGAGGGACACAAAGGAGACUUCGUUCCCUGGAUUUGGCAUAUUCCGUGCGAGGAGGAACUUCCUCGGGUCCAGCGCGCUGCUGGCUUUGAGUUCUCCCCAGUGCAGGACUGUGGAAGAGCAGUCUGGGAAAGCUUUGCUUCACCUCUUGAGGUAGCCAUGCUGCGUGCUUUUGCACAGAAGUCAUUUGAAGGGCACUCGGACAUUCCUCACCGCGGUGCCGAAGUGUCACUGGUUCUUCCUUUGCAUCAGACGUGUCACAGUACCAAGAGGACUGGGAUCCCAGCCGAAGUCAUGGAUUUUGCCUGGUCUUUGCUUCGGCGUGUGGAGGGAGCCAUUUUGGAGGCGUUGAUGCCUUCAACACCCUUGGAGCUGAGAGGGGCCUUGCUGAGGCGUGUCCAACUGCCGGCUCUGACCGGGCAUCAGCAAAUGAUGCCUUCGCACGAUUCCUUCGCAGCACAUGCUGACAGAGCAACGGUUGCUGCUUACCACUACAGUGCGGUGCUGUAUCUUGAUGAAGCUGGCAAAGACUUUGAAGACGGAGAGCUACUCUUCAUGGACCGCCACUUGUAUGAAAAGAUCAUUGGCAAAUCCUUUCGAUUUGGAUCAAACCAUUGGUAUGCUGGCAUGCUAUUGAGAACGGCCCAAUAUAUAAUAUAAUAUAUAUUGUGAUUCAUGGUAAUGGUAGUUGUGCUGAUGCUGGUGGUCCACUUUCUAAAAGGAUUCUUCCUCUUUGAUCUCUUUGUCACUAUUUUGGGUAAAACCUGGACGGCCAGGCGAUGGUGAUCUUCGCCUAGCACCCAAAAGUGGCCAACUCGUUGCUUUUACCUCCGGGCUGGAGAACCUACAUCGUGUGGUGAGCCUUUCUUCGGUUCUGCUGCCUCGGUGUUCGGAGGCAUUUCCCUUCGGUCGAGCGCUUUUGGUUAGUACAAAGAGACAGGACAUCAGAGGGGUGCAAACGGUCGGACGAAGCUGACUGAACUGAGUUCUUGCUCGGUCGGAUGUCCUUUGAGCCCAUGCAUGGUGUGCUAAUGUGAAUUAGGAUUCAACACGAUUCAACAGUCUGAUGAUGUCUGAUGUAUGGCGUUGAGUUCUGCUUGGGUUCCAACCCAUGAACUGUUGCAUUCAGCCCAGCACCCAUGGUCUUGUCGAGGUACCUCCACAUGGUGGUCCCAGAUAUGUUCUUGCAAUGUGGUUUGGCACAGGACCCAACGGGCCCAUCCCCUGUGAUGAAUUGACGUCUUCGUCUCAGUGUGAUCCUUUGCCCAUCCCCACCGUUUCACCCCGUUUCACCCCAUCGUUCAGGUCUGGCUUCGGAGCACAUGUCGAGAAGCAAAGGUCGACCAGUGGCACCCUGAGGGACGAAGAAGCGGAAG